CUCUCUCUCUCUCUCUCUCUCUCUCUCUCUCUCUCUAGUAUAGCAAAGCCAAGUGACUUUUUCUCGGCUGAUGGGGAUGCGUUGUUAACGGCAAGGAAGCCCAAAAGCGAGAGAGAGAGAGAGAGAGAGAGAGAAAGACAGCCGAAAAGCGCUAAAGAAGUGUUGGAAGGAGAGGCACAACAACGGAAAAUAGGAGUGAGGGAGAGACAGAGAAUGAGUGUUUUCAUCGGUAAAAUUUCCAGCAGCAGCAGCAGCAGCAGAAGAAGCGGAGCAGCAACAGAAUUUUUCUCGGGACAAAUGACAGUGGCACGUUCGACGGCAGCGACGAAGAUGCAGCAGCAUCAUCACCUGCUGAUUGCGCCGAGGGCAUAAAGACCUGCAAUAGAGAGACGAAGAGGAGAAUUUCUGUCCCCGUUCUGUAGAAUCGUAGUGUAAAUCGAAACUGCUCCGAUCUUUCUCUCCGAGAGAGGAAUCUGCGGAGAGAAAUCGUGCAUUAAUGCAGUUUCCAGCACAAAAGCUAUGUUCGGGAUGCCUUGAACGAGGCUACCGAUUCGCCACUAGCCUCCUCAACAUCUUUCAUAACAAUAAGCUCUUGAUCGAGACUGCCAAUUUAAGACUGAAUCACUGAUGCAAGGAACAGUUGCUGUUGUUUUGCAUACAGACAGCAUCAAUGGGAAACUGCUUUUCAUGUUUUAAGGUGCCUCCCCCACCAUCUGCAACCAAUCAGUCAACUAUUUUGGAGCACAAAGACGAAACAAUGGAGUUGCGUUCUUUAUUUUCACAUAACGCAGGCCAAAACCAUGUUCACACAAACAUAGAAUCUCAUGUCAAUGGGAAUAAAAAAUCAAUAAAUACAAUGUCAACAUUUAAUGGUGUGGGUUCAGACAAUUGUGGUUCUUUACCCAUGGUUCAAAGUAAUCUGCGUUCAUCUCGUGGCUUCUAUUCUCGAUUGCCACCAUUAGGGCGAUCAGGAACAAACACUGGCCUCAGCUCAACGUCUGAUUGUAAGCAGCAGAAAGAACCUUCGGACAACAAGAUAAACUCUCUUUUUGAUCAGUAUAAGGAUCCACAUGAAGACAUAAUACUGGCAGAUGGAAUCGAGCGACUCUGCGACGAUCUCGAGUUAUCUCCUGACGAGUUCAAGGUACUUGUGCUAGCAUGGAAAUUAAAUGCUGAGCAGAUGUGCCAAUUUACACGUCAGGAGUUCGUUCAGGGCUUGAAAUCCAUGAGAGUUGACAGCAUACGAGGCAUCCAGCUUCAGCUGCCCGUAAUCGUCCAGGAGCUGACGAUAAACGGCGAGUCCUUCAAGGAUCUGUACAGAUUUACAUUCCGAUUCGGGCUGGAUGUGACUUCCGGCCAGCGCAUUCUGCCUGCAGAUAUGGCCAUUGUUCUGUGGAGGCUUGUUUUUACGAUUCGUAAACCGCCACUGCUGGACAGGUGGCUCAAAUUUCUUGAGUGCCAUCACGUUAGAGGCAUACCCAGAGACACAUGGAAUAUGUUCUUAAAUUUUGCGGAGAGUAUAGGUGACGAUUUGGGGACCUACGACGAUGCAGAAGCUUGGCCAAGUCUGUUUGAUGAUUUUGUCGAGUAUGAGAAUGACCAGAUGAACCAGAACAUUACCAAGGAUGAGUUUAUUAAAGAUUCAUCGGCCGAGAAUGAUUAGUCAUUUGACAGUUUUAUUGAAGGACGUCCUUCCUGCUUUUAAUUAUUUUUUAAGAAGCAGAUUUUUUAAAGUAUUAAGUCGGAAAAACAAGUUUAUUUAUUGAGAUACAAUUAUCUGUGGUUUUUAAAAGCUGGUUUUAGCAAGAGAUAUAAGAUUGUAAGUGAAUUUUAUCUCACGUGAAAUAGAAUCAAUUAUUAUUUGUAACAAAAUGAGUAUAAUGUUGUCCAACAUUGAAGAUAAAUAUUUUAAAAAUACAGAUGUAUAUAAAAUUUUAUUUUAAGCGCGGAGAUCUUAGAAUGGACCAAGAAUCAAUUGAUAUGUACUAUUGUAUAGUAGUAUGAAUUUUUAAGCGACGAUUACUAAAUGUAGUUAAAGUGAAUAAUUAUAUGUAGAAAUAAUUGUUUUCCAGACUUAAUAUUAAAAAAAUUCUCUUACAAACAAGUCACACAAUGCAAGCUCGUAAUAAAAUUUGAAUAAAAUUUUUAGCUUAGCUUGCGAUCUCUUUGUUUUUUUCUAUUUUAGGAUUGUUUUUACUAAAAACACAUACAUAACAUUUAUUAACAAAUUUUAUCAUCGUGAUACGUAAAAAAAAACUAACAUAAAUUUCGUUUAUUAAAUCGGCGCUGUCCAGUAAUGAUACUGUUAUUAAUUUGCGAUACUCGCUACUAACGUCAGCUGUUAAAAUUCUUAGCGUUACAAAUGAUUCAAGUAAUAGAACGUUCUUAAAUUGAUUUUGAUAUGUAGCAGCGAUAAAAGCAUGACUGCUUUAGUAAAAAAUUUAUUUGGGUAAUGUGCCCUGAUAUACAUUUAUAUAUACUUAUACGAACACAGAUACAUAUAUUAAGGACGUGGAGGUUUUGCAAAAGAUAUUCCAGCUGUGCAUAGUAUCUUUUUCUGACAAUUGUUGUUAAUACUUGACUACAAUAUAAAUUUUGCAUGUAAUUUGUUUUGUUGUAUUUUUAGCGUAAUAUAGUUUAAAUUAUACAUUUGGCUUUUAUAAGCUAUAGUGAAUGUCUUUCCAUUAACAUUUAAAAAAAUACUUCCAGUCCAUAAUUAUAUAACAAUUGUAUAUAUAGCAGGUGUAUAUGUAAGUGUGUAUAAAUAUAUAUUAAUGCAUAAAGAUAUAUGUAUAUAAAUAUGUGGGAAGAUCAACACUUGAUCAACCAAAAAUAAAUCAUCAAAUAUUUAGGCUACAUGUCUUAUUUACGAUAUUUUAUUUGCGGCAUAGAGAAUAAAUUUAAUGCUUCUAAAGUGCAAAUAAUAUAAUUUCAAUAUAUACUUCUGAGUACAACCAUAGUCAACAUUUUACUGUGAUAGAUCUUAAUAAUUUGCAUACAAUACGAAUUUUACAAAUUAUUGUUGUAUUAAAAGGUAUUGACCAUCGAGAUAUGAAUAGCUUUGGACAGUUGACAAAGUGGACAUCUUCUCACGUAUUAACAAAAGUGCAGAUAUUUAAUGUAGCGUUGGAUUGAUCCAAACUUGUGAUACGCAUAUGCUCGAAUCCAUUUAUCAUUCACUUAUUAUCUUAUAAUGUAAGAUAGUUAUUAAAACAAAAAAAUUAGUUAAAACUGUAUAAAGAAAAAAGUCCAAUGAUUUGUGGUAUUUUGUAUAAACGGGCUAUCUCGAUUUAAUAUAAUCGAUUCCUGCAAUGUAUUUUAAUAAUGCAAACGAUGAUUACAUUUUAUCACUGAAAUGUUGCCCAACAAUGUUUUAUAAAAAAUUUCCUAGUUAAA